AUGAAUGGCACAGUUCAGUUUUGCCUAAUGAGAUGGAAUAAUAUUAGAAGUACAUAUGCUCGAAAACAUAAGAAAAGUACAGAAGUACCAAGUGGAUCAGCUUCUCAAGCACCGGAAACAUGGCCCUAUUUUAAGCAACUACACUUUUUAGACAGCUACAUAAAACACAGAAGAACCAAAGAUAAUUUUCUAAUUAAUGAAGAAGCUCACAGCUCAGCAACAAACAUUACUCAAUGUGAAAGCCCUGCUGUUGAACUGGAAGAUGAUAUGACCUUUUUACUAGACUCAGAGCCAGCAGAUAGCCCACAAACAGUUAUGUCCACUGAAACAGAGCCUUCUAAGAAACGACAAAAAAAAUCAACUGAUAGUAGUUUUGAAAUUCAGAGUCAAAUGCUCAACGUACUUCAAAAGUCAAGCAAUAGAUUGGAAAAUUUAAGUACCCCAUCUACACUCGACAAAUUUGACCACUUUGCAGCAUUCGUGGCAUCAGAGUUGAGGAGCAAACCACCAAAUAUUGUUGCAGUUUACAUACUGCAAAUUACAAAUAUACUCUAUUCCGACAUUACACCAGUUACAACUGAGUCGUUGUAACUGUUAACAUUCUAUGCACUUUAAUUGUUCACUUCUUUUUCAUUACCACUUGGUGCUUUUUCACCGCCAGUAUGCUGAUAUACUUUAGCACUGUUAUUUAGUUUUUCAAUUGUUUGACUUUUAUAGUUCAUUAUUUUUCAGUGUUGGUACCUAUUUUAUACUUCUACCUAAGUUUUUUUUGUAUGGUUACUUUUAUUUUAUACAUACACAUGUUUUAGUUGCAGUACUUUUAUUUUAUACGUACACAUGUUUUCAGUUUCAGUACUAUUAUUUUAUACCUUCACAUCUUCUUCAAUUCUGUGUUUUUACACAAAAAUAAAACGUAAAACUAAAUGUUAUGUUGUGAUUAUUUGCAAGUAGUAGUGUCUGCUUUGACUUAGGGUUGAACAUGUAUGAAAUAGUCAGU